ACGCAAUUGGACAGAACCCCCAGGCUUCCAGAAGCCCUACAGACCCCGCAUUAAAGUGACAGGCGUGUGGACCGUCGCGGGGAGCAACGUCCCUGCUCAACCGACGCGUCGCGCCUUCCCCCGUUAAUAGUUUGAUUUGCAGCGCCCGCGAGGUCCUGGGAAGGAGCAUCUCAUUGAUCAGCCAGUACCAGAGCAUUGUUGAAAAUCCAGCGACUGUUGUUUGGCUUCUCCAAGGGCUCCGUUUUCUAUUCAGCAUCGCCUUUUGGUAUUGUUCAACUUCAGCAAUAGGGCUACAGCACGCGUCACCGCCCUCGGCAACCCACGGGUUUUUCUGCUUUUUCUGCUGCACCUGCAACUGAACGAGGAAGCGCGUCUUUCUUGAUCUCGACUCUUUUUAUCACCACCAACAGUCUCGACUCGAGAUCAACCCUUCAACAGCAAUUCUUCAUGGACAAGAGAUUGUAAAAUAACCCCCCUGUUUCCUUCACAUCACGGAAACAAUCUCGACAUCUUCGGCCACUGUUCUCAAACUGCCUCGGCCGAUCUCUCCACCAUGGGUAUCCAAGGCCUUUUCCCGCUCCUCAAGUCCAUCCACCGCACCACCGAGCUCAAGAAGUAUGCCGGCGAGACCUUUGGUGUCGAUGGCUACGGCUGGCUCCAUCGCGGUGCCAUUGCCUGUGCCAUUGAACUAGCCCAGGGCAAGCCCACUCGCAAAUAUGUCGACUUCGCCAUGCACCGAGUCAGGAUGUUCAAGUAUUAUGGUGUCACUCCCUAUUUGGUCUUUGACGGCGACUUUCUUCCCAGCAAGGCCAAGACUGAGUCUUCGCGUGAGCAGCGUCGUGAGCAGAGUCUGAAGACUGGCCUCGAGCUCUUGAAAGCCGGCAAACCCUCGAAAGCCCACCUCGAGCUUCAAAAGGCCAUCGACGUCACCCCGGAAAUGGCUCGUCAUCUCAUCGAAGAACUCAAGAAAGCCGGUGUCCCGUACCUUGUCGCCCCCUACGAAGCCGAUGCCCAGCUCGUCUACCUGGAGCGUGAGGGUGUCAUCAGCGGCAUUGUCUCUGAGGAUUCGGAUAUGCUGGUGUUUGGUGCGAAGCGCCUGUUGACCAAGAUGGAUCAGCACGGUCAGUGUGUUGAGAUUCAGAGAAAAGACUUCUGUUUGGUCCGCGAGAUCUCCUUGACCGGUUGGACGGAUGCCGAGUUCCGGCACAUGGCCAUUCUCAGCGGCUGUGACUAUCUGGGCGCUGUUAACAACAUCGGCCUGAAGACAGCUUACCGACUGAUCCGCAAGCACAAGACACCUGAGCGCAUCAUUCAGAUGCUCAAGUUCGAGGGCAAGCACAGGGUUCCCGAGAACUACUUGGAAGAGUUCAAGCAGGCCGAACUCACCUUUUUGCAUCAGAGAGUCUUUUGCCCCAAGAAGAAGGACAUCGUGUUCUUCACCGAGCCCGGACCCGCUCUCAAGGUCGAUGAGAUGCCAUUCAUCGGUGCUCCGGUCGAGACUGAAUUGGCCCGGGCCAUUGCCGCCGGAGACGUCAACCCCAUCACCAAGAAGCGGAUCGUCCUCCCGUCGUCCUCUCUCACCUCGCCGCCGUCCCCUGGUAAGAGAAGGAUCAGUCAGACCAUGGCUCCGGUCACUGUGCCGACGAGAAAUCCUGGCAAACCGCCCGGCAAACCAAUCAACGAGUACUUUGCGAAGCACAAACGGAUUCCCUUGGGCGAGAUGGACGCCAAUUGUUUCACCAACAACAGCCAGAACAAUUCGCCCAGCAACUCCCCUCGUCCGAUCGUCUUUCCUCUUCCGCGCCCAUACAUUGCGGGCGUGGAGGAGGCGACCCGCCCAUCUCGCCGGUAUGUCAAUCUCGAGGCUGCCCUGGGCGGAGAACGCCGUCGGAGAAGCGAGCCUGUCUCGAACCUCCUAGCGACGUACGAGACCUCAUCGAACCGCCGCAAGACCACUGGCCCGGUUGUCGACAUCUUUCAGGACGGCACCCCGUCGACAUCGACUACGAGGCCCCCCAAGAAAGCGCGCUUGUGUGAUGACGACCUUCCCGCUUUUGCAGACAACAACACCCCUGUGAAGAGCAAGUUUUUCACAUCUACCGAGGGAGCCGACUAUAUUCGGUCGGACGAUUCGGUCGAGGAGGCUUUCCGCAGCAUCUGCAACCAAGAAAUUAUGACUGGCACCCGCAUCGUUCACGGCUUGCCUUCGCCCGCGCCCAGCAUGCUUUCCGCAUCCAUGGACACGCCUUCUAGCAUCGUGGGUACGCCUUCCACUGUCAUGAGCACACCCUCUAGUUCCAUGAGCAAGCCCUCGGGUCUCAUGAACCGGUCUUGCAACAUGAUGAACACACCUUCCAGCUCGAAGAGCAGCACAUCUAGCAGUUCUCAGACCCCUAUUUUGACGCCUCUCCAGCGUUUGGGUUUCCAGGCUUUGCAGCGCGGGAAGCCCCGGGUCGUCUCUUCUUCGGUCCUCCAACCCACCAGGCUUUCGACGUAUUCCAAGAGAUCGAGCUCGCUUUCGGUCAACCCCGCCUCGAUUCCUCUGCCUCGUGCUGAUUUGGCCGAGAUUGAGGCCCUGAGCCAGCCUGUUGGCAGCGAAGAUUUGAUUUUGCCCUCUAGUGAUGGGGAGCUCGAGCAGGAUGAGGAGGAGGGUACCAAGUAUUCCAAUGUUUCCAACAGCGGUUUGGAUUUGUCGCGGUUCAAGUACACCUGAACUGUACGAGUUAUGAAGCUAUCUGUGCACAGCGCUGGCGUUUGGGGGUUUGGCUCUCCCAGUUUUUAUUUUGAAGGGGGGGGGGAGGGCUUUUGGGUCAGGACAAGAAAGUAAGGCUAGGGUUGUCAUGACAUCGGAACAAAACAUGGCCAGGCGUUGAAGGGCACGAAUUAAAGUAUUUUUUAAACAAGGUUAAAGACUAUGGGUAAAAGGGCGUUUGUAGUCAGCAUCAGCAUACACAUGUAUGGCGUUCAUAUAGUUUUAGUUUUUGUUUUUUUCCUUGCGGUUUGGUCUUAGAGAGGCAGCAGGGGAGUGUGGUAAAAGUGUAAGAGAUAGGUGAAUAUUAAAGAAAACAUCCAAAAAUUA